UCAAUCCAACGCUGACUCGCUCUGUUCGUCGGUUCUUUCCUUUUUGUUCUUUAAAUUCCUUCUCCCUCCCAUUUUCUCUCUCCCGGUCUCCGGCUAAUUAGUGCAAAUUAACAAAACUGCAGUCUUCGUUGUCCAUCGCGUUUGGAGGUCGGCCAUGGCUAGCGAGGAGCGAGGGCAGGAACCAGAGCAAGAAUGCCUUUACAAGACAAAGGUCGUACAGUUCCUGGGACGCACUACACCGAUAAUUCUCCAGAACGAUAAUGGACCUUGCCCUCUCCUCGCUAUCUGUAAUGUUCUUCUUUUGAAAAACAACUUGAAUUUGAGCGUCGAUACAUCUGAAGUGUCUCUACAGAAAUUGCUUUCUCUUGUUGCGGAGAGAUUAAUCGAUUCUAACAGUAACGUGGAGAACAAGGAUGCUGGGUAUGUUGAAAAUCAGCAACAGAACAUAGCUGAUGCAAUUGACCUGCUUCCACGACUUGCCACUGGAAUUGAUGUCAAUAUUCAGUUCAGGAGAGUUGGUGAUUUUGAGUUUACGAGAGAGUGUGCCAUAUUUGAUCUCCUUGACAUUCCAUUAUAUCAUGGUUGGAUUGUUGAUCCACAGGAUUGUGAUACUGCAAAUGCAAUUGGGUCCAAGUCUUACAACACUCUUGUCGGAGAGCUUGUUUCCCUUGAAGCAAGAAACACAGAGGAAGAACAUAAAAGCAGUCCUGAAGAAGAUUGUAUUGAUUUUUCUGCUGCAACAACUGCAACCUUAGGAGUCCCCUCACCAUGCCUUUCUAGAGUCAGGUCCUUUGAUGAUUCUCCAAGUUAUUUAUCAGGAAAUCAGAAAAUAAGGAAGGGAGACAUGGAGGAAGAAGCAGAACUGUUGAGAGCCUUGAAGUUGUCGGAAGCUGAAUUAGCAACUUCAAUGGGUGAGUCUUUGUUAGCUGAUGCAAGCGGGAGCAAUAUGCCUGUAAGUUCAGAUGAAAAUGAACAUUUGAAGAUGAAUGCAUCACAAGCCCUCGAAAAUACAUUUUCUGGGUGUAUUGGUGAUGAAUCUAAAAUCCUCCAUCAGCCUGAACAAGCUGCAUCAUGGAAUUGCAGUGCCUCAGGCAGCUGCAAUAUUAAUUUGAUAGCUUUUGAAAAUAUUUCAAGUGAAACUAAUCAUUCAUUUUUUGAUGAUGGAGCUAACCUUGAUCAGCUGAAUAAUAAAGAACCUGGCGGUCAUUUUGCUUCUUCUGAAAUUGUGGGGAACGUUACAGAUGAGGCAUCUGUCCAGAAUCAUAGUAAACCUAUCCGUCUUCUGGACAGCAAUUCUUCUUCUGCAUGCAAUGACCAUGUUCCUAUUGACAGAGAGAAGCAACAAAUUCAACAGACAGGUGCACAGGAUACUUCCACAUCUGAAGUUUGUUGUGAGCCAGCAGAUCAAAGUGGUUGUAAAACAACACUAUUCUCUUCUCCAUUUGCAACAAAUUUAGUUUCUGAUGUUUCCAUUGGUGGAAUCAAGCACAUGGAUGAACCCAAGGGUGCCACCUCAAGCCUUGAUGGCAGUGAACCCAUAUAUGAAGGGGAAGAGUGCAUACUAGAUUCAGGUCUAAAACUAUAUCAAAACCGGGAGCCUAUGUAUGAAGGUGAGAUGGUUCUUGCUGAGCAAGCUGACAAAGCUGGAGGAGUUGAACAAUGUCCUGAGAAUGAAAUUACUGAACAGAAAGGAGAACUGAUUAGGAACUUUUUAAGAAACAAUGCAAGCCAGCUGACAAUAUAUGGCCUAUUUUGCCUACAGGAAGGUCUGAAGGAACGUGAACUCUGUGUUUUUUUCCGCAAUAAUCACUUUAGUACCAUGUUCAAGUUUAAUGGUGAACUAUAUCUUCUAGCCACUGAUCAAGGUUUCAUAAACCAACCUGAUUUGGUAUGGGAAAAGUUAAAUGAGGUAAAUGGAGAUACAGUAUUUAUAACAGGCAACUUCAAGGAAUUUAAAAUAGAAGAUCACAUCAAUGACCAGUGGGAUGAGCAAAAUGCUAUGGCUAGCACUGCUGAUUUUAUUGCUAGCAUAGAUAAUUCAACAGGAGCUGGUUCAACUUUAAAUUCUGAUCUGCAACUCGCAAUAGCUCUACAACAACAAGAGUUUGAAAACCAACCACAGCGGCAGAAUUUGCAACAGCUUUCUGUUGGCAAUUCAAGACUUGUGAUUGGUCCUCAGGCGCCAAGGACCAGUGGUAAUCCCUCUUCCAAACAGGACGCCAAGUCAAAAGAAAAAUGUACUGUGAUGUGAAGAUAAUAUUACUACUGUAAAUGUUGUAAUCUUUUAUCAUCCGAUUUGUAUGGCAUAAGUUAACGUUUUUUCUCAAUUAUCUGAUACUCUUUUUUUUUGCUGUAAAUAGAAAAUACACAUUCAAAGCGAUGUUUACUUUACCGAAACUAAUUCAAGAAGCAUUUUACAUUGUUGUA